UGAGAGAGAUAGUGAGGAGGAGCUCAGGCAGUGUGUGAGUGGGAGUCUAUGUGCUAAAGCUUUUUCAGGAGACUCCGUUGUUCUCUGUUUUGGACGACGCCUGCUGUAGCCACAGAGGUCACAUGACUGCGAAAGGUGACAUCUAGGGCACCUUGUAUUCAUCUGUCCUCUUUCUCUCUCUCUCUUUUUCUCGCAGGUCCACCUGGUCUGGUUCUGCCUCCGCUCACUGUGCAACACUGAAAACCAGCAUCCUACUUAGAGGUGUGAAUUGGAGCUUUUCCCCCUCGCGUCGCUCUUCUCUUCACUGGUCAGUGCUCUAAGUGACACGCAGAGCAGAAACACGCCUCCAAACACAAACAUACACACACACACACACACACACACACAUAUACACACACACCACACUGCCGGCAUCGUCACCUGGAAGCCAUCACAAGUCACUGGACAGUAAGGUGAAAUUUCUUCCCAUCCCUAAGUUCUGAUGGCAGACGGUCGACAGCCCGAGGACAGCGCCUCCCAGUGGGCUUUGCCAGGGAACCAGGACUCCUCUGGUCCAAUGGGAGAGAAUGGGUUCUCCUUCAGGACCUGCCAGCCUGGUGCUGCUCAUGCCAGCCCCGCUGCCUCCUAUGCCAAAGAGAACGGCUUUAACGGAGACCUGCCCUCGGCCCAUGAGGUUACUGCAGAGCAAGUGUCUGCGCGCAUCGUACAGGAGGUGACGGCUGAGGCGGUCGCGGUACUGAAGGGAGAGCAGGAGCUCCAUCCAGGCACAGCCGUCCGACUUUCCUCAGUGGAAGACUCGACCAACUUGCCACCUUCUCCACCUCCAUCUCCUGCAGCCGAGCACUUUGGCCCUCUAGAGCAAGAUGUAGGGGAUGAGGAGGAGGCUGGGCCUCUCUGCCGCUUCCAAAAUUCUCGGGAGAGGUGCAAGUUCCUCGCCCCCUCCAUCUCAGUUUCAGUGCCUGAGGAUGAACCCUACUACUCUGACGAGGAGUACUAUGACCACCCCUUAUUCAGCCCUGAGUGGACACUCUCAGGCUCGCGCCCUUCAGGGCAAGCCGCUGCCUUUAGCCAGAUCGAAGAAGAAGAGACCAUAGAGGCUCUCUCCGCAGCGGAGGAAGAUGAGAACAUUGCAGCAGCAGCAGCUUUAGAGGAGCAGGAGGAAGAGGAGGAGCAGUGGAGUGGGGAGGAGUCUGAGCAAGAACCCAUAUCCAAGCUCUUAGAGCAGGCAGAGGUGAUAGUUGAGUCGACUUUGCCCUAUCUGCAGGCCGAGGACCAAGCACUUACUGCUGGCCCCGGAGCUCCUAACGGGAGCACUGAGGAGGCAGGGAAGGGCGCGUGCCCUGAGAAAGCUGUGAAGAUGGAUGCCGAAAAGCCAUUUGGAGAGAAGACUGCACCGGCCAGCGUGGACUUCACUCAGUCACAGGUGCACUCGGAGGAUCUCACUUCUCACCCAAGUGUUGUCCCUGAUAAAGAAUUCCCAGCUGCAUCAUUGCCCAGCCUAAGUGACCCACAGGGUUUUGCUGUUUCCUCAAAUGAUCAGAGCCAUGCCAAAGAGUCCACACUGAAUCCUGUUCAAACGCCUGACUCGCCACUCGAUAUUGAGAAGCAAGCUUCUAGAGAUGCCGUUUUGUCAGACUCAAGUAUGUUUCAAACACAUGGGAAGCCAUUAAACGAAGUGGAAUCAACAUCUACUGGCAACAAGUUGAUAGAUGUUACAGUAAGUGCCAAAAGUCCAGAAGUGCCUGGAAAAGAGUCUGCUAGCAUAGAUAAACAAGGAGAAGAAAUCAUGGACAAGUCUGGAAUGUCAGCUUAUUUUGAAACAACAACACUGAAAUCAGAGGAAACUAAGGGACAAGGAGAAGGUUAUUAUGAGCUUAGUACUGCAUCCGAUGAGCCCAAGCCUGUUUCCGCUGUUUCCUCAGUUCCAGAAAUUAGCUACAGUACCCUGGCACAAUCUCAAUCUAUAGAGGAAAAAACUGAUAUUCAAAAAGCUUCUGAAGAGCAACCAAAGGUCCUCACGUCGUCUGAAAAAAGCGAUGAUUGCAGGCUCUCUCCUGGAAAGCUGGCCCUGGAGCAAAGGAGUUAUUCCCUGAAUAUCACCAUUGGAGCUCUGGAUCAGAGUGGAGGACAAGGACGACCCAAAACCUUCUCCCCGUUAGCAACUGACAUCAUGUCUUAUACCAGUGGAAGCCUUGAUGAAUCUGCUGACUACCUUCCUGUCACGACUCCAUCAUUGGAAAAACUCCCUGCUUUUCCACCACUGAUCUUGGAGACAUCAGCCUCUGUCACCACUCCAUCAGCUUCUCCUCCCCAUGACACAGUAGCUGAUAUCAAGACCCCAAGCCCACAGCCUGAAUCCCCAGGGUCCCCAUUAGCAAAUAAGUUCAGCUAUAAAAAUGGUGCUGUGAUGGCCCAAGAUCUGCCUGAAAUGUUAGACUUGGCAGGUACCCGUACGAGACUAAUGUCUGAUAACGCUGAUCCUGAGAUCAUAAGAAGGAAGUCAGUUCCUGCCGACAUGCCGGCCAUUGUGAGCGAUUCAUUAGCACACUUGUUUCAGGGUCAGCGGGGUGCAAAAAGUGAGACUCAAUUGGAAGAACAUGGCUACUGUGUUUUUAGUGAGUACUCAGGUCCCAUGCCAUCUCCAGCAGACAUUCACAGUCCGUUGGAUUCUCCUCCAACACAAAUCUUCAAUAGAAUGAUCUCAGAAGAGAAAGCGACAACUCCAGCUGCAAGUGGACAGCUAAGCCCAUCAUCUAGCAUUCUAAAAGAAGACGUAUCCCCAGACACAGAGGAUGAAAAGGAUACAAGAGAAACACAAUGCAAGAAUAAUGAUGCUGUGAUAGAGCAGCCAAAACAACAAGUUGAAAUGUUUCCCACUCCAACUGUUACUGUUACUUUGGAAGGAGUGAAAGCUGAUCUGGAUGCAGAGGCCAAACUUGCAGCUGAACAGGAGGCUGAAAUAGCUGAUUAUGAAAGGCAAAUUCGCAAGCUCGAAAUGGAAGACAGACCUUUAAGUGUUGAGGAGGAGAGGGAGCUCCAGGAGCUAAGAGAAAAAGUAAAGAAUAAGCCCGAUCUGGUGCACCAGGAAGCUUAUGAGGAAAUAGACGCUGAGGAUGUGUACCAGCUCACUGGAGUUGCCAAGGACAGGAUUGCAAGACCAAUAAGACCAUCACCGACAUCAUCCGUGGAAAGUGCUACAGAGGAAGAAAAAGUGCAUGUCGACACAGAGAAACCUAAACCGGCACAAGAUGGUCAGAAAGAAGAAGAAUCUGGAAAAAAACUUAGUGAAGAUAAUAAACUUCCAGAGAAACCCAGGAAGGAGGAAGAGACUGAAGAAAAAACACACAUGGAUAUAGCAAAUGCAGAGGGAGUUUCGGUUUCCACUUCAGUUGCACAAAGGGCAGAAGAAAAAACAGAGCUAGCUAAAGAACCUAUAGAGAGCAUGCAGGAUAUAAAAGCAGACAAGCCAUUGGCACUGCCAAAUGUUCCUGAGAUUUCAGAGAAGGUUGAACAUCAGAAGACUGAAAUAAAUAAGUCUGAAAUUAAACAGAGUGAAUCAGAGCUUAUUGAAAAAGAUGAAGCACCUGAAUUUGUUGAACAAUAUGUAGAGCCCAAAGGUGGUGAUAAAGACGAACAGCCCAAAGUGGUUGAGAAACAGGAAGAGCCCAUCAUAUUCGAGAAACAAGACGAGUCCAAAAGUGUUGAGAAACAUGAGGAGCACAGAAUCAUUGAGAAACCUGAAGAAACCAAAAGUGUUCCAAAAGAUGAGGAGAGCAAAUUUGUUGAGAUGCACAAAGAGAGCAAAGAUGUUGAGAAUGAUGAAGAGCACAACAUUGUUGAGAAACAUGAGGAGCCUAAAACUGUUGAGAAACACGAGGAGCCCAAAGUUGCUGGUAAAGAUGAAGAGCCCAAAGUUGUUGAUAAAGAGGAAGAGCUGAAAUUUGCUGAGAAAGAUGAAGAACUCCAAGUUGUCGAGAAAGACGAGGAGCCCAAAGGUGCUGGGGAAGUUAAAGAGCUCAAAGUUGCUGGGGAAGAUAAAGAGCCCAAAGCUGCUGGGAGAGAUGAAGAGCCAAACGUUGUUGAGAAAGAUGAAGAGCCCAAAUUUGUUGAGAAAGACAAAGAGGCCAAAGUUGUUGAGAAAGACGAAGAGUCCAAACUUGUUGAGAAAGAGGAAGAGCCCAGAGUUAUUGAAAAAGAUGAAGAAUCUGAAGUUGAAGAUGAAGAAUCAAAAAACAAAGAGCUUGAAGUUGUUACAAAGCAUCAAGACUUGCUUGAGAAAGUUGAAGAGCCUAGCGUUGUUGAAAAAGAUGAAGAGGAAGACCAUCACAAGUUGGAAGGGGCUGGGGCAGCUGUUCAAGAAACCAUAGAGCCUCGAGCUGCCAUUGAGUCCAUCGUAACAGUGGAAGAUGACUUCAUCACUGUGGUGCAGACUAUUGAUGAUCGGGAUGGCCCUGGGCACAGUGUACGAUUCUCAACCCCUCCUGAAGAAGAACCACCUCAGAUGCUUCAGGAUGAAGAGGAGGAAGAAGAUUCUAUUGAAAUGGCUCAAGAAGCAGAGAUAGAGGCUGCUAGCCUUGAGGAAGUCCAGGAUGUUCCAGAAGCUGUCCAGGCCCCUGGGUAUCUUCCUCAGGAGGUACCAGAGAGUGAGGGUCCCACUGAGAGCUAUGAUGACUACAAGGAUGAGACCACUAUCGACGACUCGAUCUUAGACAGCUCCUGGGUGGACACUCAAGAUGAUGAUAAGAGCAUGGCCACUGAGAAAAUCGAGCCUCUUCCGAGGACCGCGAGCCCUGCCAAGAAACCUGAGAGGCUGGUCAAACAGAAGGCUAAAGCAGGCCGAGCCAGAGGCCGCGUUUCCACUCCGGAGCGCAAACCCUUCUGGAAAGAUCCAGGACCGGUCCAGAAAGAGGAUCUGAAGAAGAAAAAAGCUGUGAUUAAGAAGGUUGAGGUCACAAAAAAAUCUGAAAAUCAGAGCCGCUCUCCCUCCAGGAAGAGUGUUUUAAAGGCCGCUGUAAGGCACCCUAGAGCUACACAACAUCACAUCUGUGCUAAACGGAAACCGACAGUAUCAGCAGACGGACGGCUGCCAUUCAGCUCGGUGCGACAUUCCAGGGACCGAGCAUCUACCCCCAGUCCAACAUCACUAACAAAGAUCCCCACCUGUAAAAAACGGGCAUCGGCUCUUCCCCAGCCCCGCCCUAACGCCACAAGCACCUCCAAUAAAACAAGCUCAUUGGUGGAGGCUGAUGGGAACCGCCCCUUCUCAGCAGGUUGUCAGGAUUCUCUCUCAAUAUACAGGAAUUUAGAAAAGGAUGGAGGAUCUCGGAGCCCUGAGAAGAGAUCGUCUCUGCCUCGGCCAGCCUCCAUCCUGACUCGGCGUACACACGCUAGUGAACCAGAGGAGAGCUCCACCUCCAUCACUAGCUCUGGAUCGACAGCACCACGCAGACCCACGUCUUUCCGUACUGAAGUCAGAGCUGAACACAGGACAGGUCGAUCUGCCAGUAUGACAGGCACAGAGUCAGUGCGUUCCCGCUCUGCUCGCUCCGGCACCUCCACUCCACGUACUCCCGGCUCCACGGCCAUCACUCCGGGCACUCCUCCCAGCACAUCCUGUCGUACCCCAGGCACCCCGCGUACCCCAGGCACCCCCAAAUCCCUCAGCCUGCUCUCACAGGAGACUAAAGUGGCCAUCAUUCGCACUCCACCGAAAUCUCCUGCCACGGCAGCCAAGCAGCUGCGUGUCCUCAACCAGCCCAUGCCUGACCUCAAGAACAUCAAGUCCAAGAUCGGCUCGACAGAGAACAUCAAGUACCAGCCUAAAGGAGGACAGAUUCAAAUUUUAAACAAGAAGCUGGAGUUCAGUCAUAUACAGUCAAAAUGUGGAUCCAAGGAUAACCUGAAGUAUUCACCUUUCGGAGGCAAUAUACAAAUUCAAUCCAAGAAGCUCGAUCUAAGUCAUGUGACCUCCAAGUGUGGCUCGCUGGACAACAUCCACCACAAGCCAGGUGGCGGAAAUAUUCGCAUUGAGAGUGUAAAACUUGGCUUCAAGGAUAAAGCUCAUGCUAAGAUUGGCUCUUUGGGCAAUGCUCAUCAUGUGCCAGGUGGAGGCAAUGUGAUGAUCGAGAGCCACAAGCUGAUGUUCCGCGAGACAGCGAAGGCUCGGGUGGAUCACGGUGCUGAGAUCGUCACUCAGUCUCCUGGUCUGUCUCCCCACCAAAUGUCCUCAUCCGGCAGCAUCAACCUGCUCGAGUCCCCACAGCUGGCCACGCUGGCCGAGGACGUCACGGCUGCUUUGGCCAAGCAGGGACUCUAAAGCAAGAAAAGCAAAUCGCGUUCACCAUCCUCCAAAACGCCCAGCUACGCCAUUAGCUCCGCCCAUCUAUAUACACAUUUAUAUAAAAAUAUAUACAGCAACCCCCCCUAGUGGUGUCGUAGUAGUGGCUAACGACCCUCUGAACGUUUCUGGGACACUGCAUUUACUCCCUUGAGUAUCAUCUCACACAUCCACAUCACAAUCGUUAUCUGGCGCCAGAACGAGAGCAGCAACCCAGAGCUGGAGCGGACUUUAUAACGGAAGGAGGAGAAAUCGGUGAAGGAAAAAAACAAAAAAAAACGAAGAAUUGUUGUCUGAUUUUUAUUCCUAUUUUAUGGUAAUCAUUUUUAUCCUAGGAUUCCAGAUUAUUAGAUAGAAAGGUACCAGUGCUUUUUAUUCUCCCUAUAUCCUGUGUGAGAUUUUCUUCCUCUCUUCCGCUCUCUCUCUCUCUCUUUCUCUCUCUUUCUUUGUCUCUUUUUUUUUUUAUUACGGUGGUGUACAGAUCAGGUUUAUCAGUAGGAAAAGGAAGAAGGAAGAUUUUUUUGGGCAGCUGUUUCCUCCUCGUUCUUUUAUGCGCAGAGCCAGUGCAUGGAGUCCGAACCCCAUCUCCACAAAAAAAGAAAAAAAAAGAAAAGAAAGAAUCACUUACGUGACCAACAAAAUGAUAUACAAUGUAUAUGAAUAUAUGUAUAAUUACACCAAUAAUAAUAUUAAUAAUAAUAAUAAUAAUAAUAAUUCUUAAAUAACAUACCUAUACAAACGUUACUGCGAAAUGAAAUUAAGGAAACAAUGGUGAUGCGCAUGUGUCAGCUCUAGUAUUGAAAAAAAAAAUGCUAUUUUCUAUUAGAAAAAAACGACUUUUUUGCUGAGUCAUCAGAUAAAAGCGAACACUACAUGUUUUCAGCUAUUAGUCACGACGAUGUUUUGCUUGUUCGGAUCAUUUUUAACAAUCGCAUUGUUGGCUUUUGCCCAGGGGUCCAGGCACCAGACUCACACUGUACUCUUUUAUCUCUGCAGUUAAAGGAAUUCUCCAGUGUUUUUUUCCAGCUAAUCUCUAAUCAUCACAUCUCUACUACUGUGAUCAUGUGAUUACUACAGACAGGAAAUUGUUGCACAAUUUGGAGAUUCGGACAAACUGUCAGGUUUAUAUAUAUAUAUAUAUAUAAAUGGACAAAUAUUUGGACACUUUUCCAUAAGAUAUUUGCUUUUCGAUCAUCUUCAAUCAUCCCUUCAAUAAGGUCCUGAUGUAGGUGAGGUGAGGAGGCCUGGGGUACAGUCAGUGUUCCAGUCAAGGAGCAGCAAGAUCCCAUGUAAAUCUUCAUGGACACAUGUGAACAGGAACAGGUUUGGGUGAUGGGAAAUGUUCAUGCUUUCACAUCCAGAGACAUGAUAUUGUCCGUGUGCCUCCAACUUUGUGGUUUCAUUUAUUAUUUAAAAAAUAAAAAAAUAACAAUUCUUACAUGUGGUAAUCACACAAAUGGUAAAGAUGUGGUGGGCAGAUGUUAGGCUGAACAUCAUAUUGAUCACCUGGUAUACCUUUAAAAGCAAUGCCUCAUGAUUAUAAUGGAAAAAGUGACCUCCCUGUCUCUCUCCAGCUUGGAACGUAAUGAUCAUGUAUUAUAGUCACUGCUGUCCCUGUACCUCACAGUGCAGUCGCUGCCUCUGGGCAUGUGUUUGUCCAAGAAAGCUUUUGCUUGUUAUUUUCUUAUCCACUGUACGGAGCAGAAACUCCCGGGAAUCUCAGUCACACCCUCUGUAACUCUGCCGUGUUCUUCUUAGAUACUUAGGUUUGUUUUACACGUAAUUGUAGGAGUUGGAAGUAAAGAGAUAAAAUAAAGUAAAACACGCAAAAAAAAAAUAAUAAUAAUAAAAAUGUACAAAAAAUAACAUAAAAAAAUGAAAAAAAGUCACCUUGCACAUGUUCGAAGUGCUCCAGUAUCUUUUUUCUGUCGUCAUUUGUGCUAUCUCGUGUUUUUUCUCCCGUUUCUUUGGCUAUUGUAUUUUUCUGCGCCCUGUUUACCCUCCGCUCAUUCCCACAGCAGCUGUAAAUCUAUUUAAAACCUCCUGUAGAUGUAUGCAGUUUUUCUCCUGUUGAUAUGAUGCUGAUUACAAAUGCUCUUACCAGCUACAAAAAUAAAACAAAAUGGACGUAAAAGAAAAAAAA